CCAUGUGCGCCGAGCCCGCCCUCGUCGAUUACUUCGUGGUCGCGGGGCUCCCCGCGGCGGGGGCGUUGCCCGCCAGGGGGCGCUGCGGGGCGGCGCCGGAGGAGGAGCCUCGGCCCAAGGAGCCAAUCACGGACGUGGCGCUCAUCGCGCGUGCGCAGGGCGAGGAGGCGCCGCUGGGCUUCACGUGCAUCGAGGCCACGCCCAGCGGGCACCCGGCGGAGCUCAGCGCGGGGCUGCUCAGCCCCGGCCGCCUCUGCCUCUGCUACCGCAGGGGGCGGGACCGCAGCCCCAUCGUGGCCCUGGGGGUUCACUACGAGGGCUCGGUGGGGCCGGGCCCGGGGGAGCUGCUGGUGGCCACCACCCCCUACAGCCGCUCGGCGGCGCUGGCGGGGGGCGGCCCUGCGCGUUCCCGCGCUUUCCUCACGUUCCGGCGCGCGCGCGCCACGCCCGGCCCCGCCCCUUCCGCCGCUGUCGUCACCGACAUCUGCCUCAUCCUUCCCGCGCGCGGGGAGCGCGCCCCACACGCGUACAGCCGCGUGCAGCGCAGCCUCAGCGCGGGACCCUGGGGCCCUGCCCUGUACCUGUGCUACAAGAUCUCCGUGGCCAGCGCCAAUGCCUUGGUCUAUGAAGCAGCCCUGCUCAGCCGUUAUCCCGCUCAGGACACCUCCUCCUUCCCUCUGCCGGCCUCGGUGCCCAUCUUCUGCCUGCCCAUGGGGGCCACCAUCGAGAGCUGGCCCACGGGCACCCCAUACCCGCUGCCCCUCUUCUCCCCCUUCGUCCUCACCGGCGCCUCCGGAGACAAGAUCUAUGGGGCCGCCAUCCAGUUCCACGAGGCCUUCCCUGCCGAGCGGCUCUCGGAGCGCCAGAGCCUGCGCCUGGGCCUCGUGAGCGUUGUGGACCGGCGGCCGGUGCCGGGGCGCGCGCCCCACGCCCGCAAGAGCCUCUGCGUGCUGUCCCGCUGGCCCUGCUUCCGCGUCUUCCGCCAGUUCCUGCUCUUCCUCUACCGCUACUCCGUGUCCGGGCCCCACGUCCUGCCCCUCGAGACGCACAUCUCCCACUUCAUGCACAACGUCCCCUUCCCGUCGCCGCAGCGCCCGCGCAUCCUGGUGCAGAUGUCCCCCUAUGACAGCGUCCUGCUCUGCCGCCCCGUUGCCUCCCCAUUGCCGCUCAGCGGCGCCAGCUUCCUGAGCUUGCUGCGCGCCGUGGGGCCGGGCACGGCCGUGGCGCUGCUCGUGGCCGUGCUCACGGAGCACAAAGUGCUCCUGCACUCGCUGCGCCCUGAUGUGCUCACGGGCGUGGGGGAGGCCCUGGUGGCGAUGAUCUUCCCCCUGCGCUGGCAGUGCCCCUACAUCCCCCUGUGCCCGCUGGCGCUGGCCGACGUGCUCAGCGCCCCCGUGCCCUUCAUCGUGGGGCUCCACUCCAGCUACUUCGACCUCCACCAGCCCCCCCGGGACGUGGUCUGCGUGGACCUGGACACCAACACCGUGUCCCAGAGCGAGGAGCGUAAGCUGCUUCCCCCGCGGGCGCUGCCCCGCCGGCCCUGCAAGGUGCUCUUGGCCACGCUGCAGAACGUGGCCCAGCAGCUGCAGGACUCGUUCCCGCAGCCGGACGAGGAGGCGGCGCUUGGGCUGGAGCCGAGCGAGGCGGAGGCGGGGCCGGGGGCGGGGCCUGGCGGGGGGGCGGAGCCUGCCCCGAGCCGGCCGCAGCUGGAGCUGCGCGCGCAGGGCGCGUUCCUGCGCUUCAUGGCGUGCGCGCUGCGCGGGUACCGCCCCUUCCUGCGGCCCGUGCGGCCCGGGGCGGGGGAGGGGAGCAGCGACACACAGAGCCUGUUCGAGCUGCACGGGUUCCUGCGCUCGCGGGACCGGGGGGAGCAGCGUUUCUACGCGCAGCUCCUGCGCACGCAGCUCUUCGCGCAGUUCAUCGAGGACCGCUCCUUCGGCGCCGACCGCGAGCCCGGCCUCGACUUCUUCGACUCCUGCGUGGACAAAGUACAGCCGGACCUAGAGAAGCCUGAGGACACCCCAUUGCUGGAGCUGGACGAUGCUCGGGGGGGGGAGCACACCGUCUUCAUCACCCCCCCGGAGCAACCGGUGGCCCCCGACGGCUCCGAGCUGCCCGCCAAAUACCACUACGAUGGCUUCCCCACGCUGCGCCCCGAGCUCCUGGAGCCCCCCCGGGACCCCUUGGUGGCUCAGCUGUGCCAGGCCCGGAGCAGUGCCCCCAGCAGCCCAGCCCCAUGCCGCACCAAGCAGGAGAUGAAGGUGGCCCAGCGCGUGGCCCAGAAGUACUCCUCGGUCCCCGACAUGUGGGGCCGGUGCCUGCUGGGGCACUGCUAUGGGCUCUGGUUCCUUUACCUGCCCACCCACGUCCGCGCCGCGCCGGCCAAGCUGCCCGCGCUGCACUUGGCCUACGACGUCCUGCGCCGCAUGGAGGCUCACCGAGUGGUGCUGCCCGAUGAGGUGUGUUACCGCGUCCUGCUCCAGCUCUGCGGGCAGUACGAGCCCGUGCUCUCGGUGCGCGUGAUGCUGGAGAUGAAGCGCGCCGGCAUCGUCCCCAACGCCGUCACCUACGGUUACUACAACAGGGCGGUGCUGGAGAGCAAGUGGCCGUCGGGUACCCAGAGCGCGCGGCAGCGCUGGGCCAAGCUCCGCAACGUGGUGCUGGGGGCGGCGCGGUUCCGGCAGCCCCUGCGGCAGCGCCAGCGCCAAGGAGGCACCGGCAUUGAGGGGGGUAGACCCCCAUCGUCUGCCACUGACCCCAUUGCCCCCCCCGCAGCCCCCCGGCCCCCCCUGCAGCGCCAAACCACGUGGGCCGGGCGCAGCCUCCAGGACCCCCCCCCGGCUCCGCGGCUGCAGAGGAGCGGCAGCGUCAGCGCCCCCGGCCCCCCCCGGCCCGAGGGCUCCCAAGGGGGGGUCCCGGGGCCGCCCCCCCCGCCCCCCGCUCCCCAUGGGAGCCCCUCGGGUGCGGAGGAGGCCGGGGGGGGCCCGGGGGGGGCGGCGACGCCGCGCCGGGGGCUGGCGGCCAAGCUCCAGCAGCUCCUGUCCCCCGGGAAGAGGCCCGGCCCUCGCCCCCCCGGCCCCGGCCCCGAGCCCUGGGAGGGGGACGCCCCCCCAGCCCCACGGCGCAGCCCCAUGGGGUCGUUGCUGAGGUCCCGGCAGCGCCCGGAGUCCACUGCAUCCGAGAGCUCCGCAUCCCUGGGCAGCGACCUGGACCUCUCCGACACCUCCCUGGGAAGCUCCGGCGUUCCCAAAGCCUCCGAUCCCCAUGGGGCUCCGGAGGAGGAGCCCCCUGCUAUGGAGGUGCUGCUGUCGAGCUGCUCGCGGUGCCAGGCCUGUGGGGCGCUGGUCUACGACGAGGAGGUGAUGGCCGGAUGGAGCUCGGACGACUCCACGCUCACCAGCACCUGCCCCUUCUGCGCCCGCCCCUUCCUGCCCUUCCUCAGCAUCGAGAUCCGGCACUUCCAGCAGCCCCACGG